GUGCAAUAUGGCUAUUACAUAUUACAAAUGCAUAUAGCCCACCAAUAUGGAGCCACAAGUUACGUGUAAUAUUAAUAUUAUUGUUUAGAUGGGAUCAUAUGAGUCGUGGAAACCGAACGCCCCCUUGCAUUGGUUUUGAUGGUGACGUAAUCUAAUAUUGUUUACUCCGGAAGCUACUAUUGGUUGGUUGCUGACUUGUUUGUAACAAAGAACUCCAGGAAGAGAUUCGCAUACAGUAUAUUGGCUUUAUAGAAGUGUGGAAAUUUGCACGGUCUGACCAAAACGACUAUUUUUUUUUAUAUAAUAACUGACAUUUGUUUGAAAUCGAUUCUCAGAAUACCAUGUCAGUAGCAAACGAUUUGAGUGCUGGGGACUGCAUUGACGCCAGGCGGGGCGAUGGACAAGAGUGCGAGGGCCCCUGUGGUGGCUCUGGGUCCAUGCAGGUGGAUGCCAAACCUCAGUCCCAUUGCUUCAGGUACAGUCUCAGUUACCCCAGCAUUGGCCAGUGUAUCAUCAUCAACAACAAGAACUUUGACAGAAGAACAGGUAUGAAUGUACGCAAUGGCACAGAUGUGGAUGCAGGCAAUGUGAUUAAGGUGUUUGGGAAACUGGGUUAUAAGGUGAAGAUUUACAACGACCAGACAGUGGACCAGAUCAAGCAUGUUUUAACCACAGCCUCCAAGGAGGACCACAGCUGCUCCGCCUCGUUCGUGUGUGUCCUGCUGAGUCACGGGGACGAUAGUGUGUUCUUCGGGACGGAUGCCUCCAUCGAGCUCAAGAGCCUCACCACCCUGUUCCGGGGCGACCGCUGCAACUCGUUGGUUGGCAAGCCCAAACUCUUCUUCAUUCAGGCUUGCAGAGGUACUGAUCUGGACGUGGGCAUCGAGGCAGACAGCAGUUCAGACGGGAGCUCAACCAGGAUCCCUGUGGAAGCAGACUUCCUCUAUGCCUACUCCACAGCUCCAGGCUACUACUCGUGGAGGAACACUCAGACUGGCUCCUGGUUCAUCCAAUCGCUGUGUGAGAUGAUUGGCAAGUACAGCAAAGAGCUGGAGGUCCAACACAUCCUGACCCGGGUCAACCACAAAGUGGCGACAGAGUUUGAGUCUGCGUCAAACUCUCCUGGUUUCGAUGCCAAGAAGCAGAUCCCCUGCAUCGUAUCAAUGCUGACCAAAGAGAUGUACUUUACACCAUGAUAGGAGAAAGGUGUGAAGAAGCUCUUCAUUUGCCUGGUCCCAGAUCGAUUUUAGCUGUCUCGCCAACAGCUAUUGUCACUGUUAUAGGAGUUGGCAAUAGAGGAAAAACAGACCUGGGAUCAGGCUAGCUUCUAUCUGAGUGAGGGCAAUAGAUGUGUGUUUUGGUUGUGGAUUGUAAUUAGCUGAAUUUUUAACACCACUGCUCAAUCACUCUGGAUCAAGUUGGACUUGGUUUAAACUUGUAGGCUUAAGUAUCACAUUUUAUGUUGGAGGUUUAAACCUCUGUCAUGCUUUCAUCCUGAUGUCAUGCACAGAGAAGUUGACUUUUCUUCAGGGUUGGGGUCAGUUCACGCUUCAAUUCCAUCAACUGAGGAAGUGAAAAAUUGAAUUAACUUCCUAAAUGUACUGAUUGAUUUGAAAGUUGAAUUGACCCCAACCCUGCUUCUUACUGAAUGAUCCCUUUUGUGUUAAGUUUAACAGAUGUAUAUAACAUUUUGGGAGUAGAUUGCAGGUGUAGUGUGUUGUAAUCAAAUCAUGGAUGUGCAACUCGUCUACAAGCACCAGCAAUUCUCCCUCCUCAGGUUUCUCAUACAGUUUUAUUUAAACAUUUUAUUUAAUUAUUUUUUACAAUGUCUAGAACUACACAUACAUUUUGUUGGAUACUUGAAUGAGUAGUCAAAGUACAUUGCUCAAUGGAUUAUGUUACGUUUGUCUUUUGUAUUGGUUUAAAUUGUUUAUAUAUAUUGUUUAGGUCCAUUAUAGUUGUACUGUGAAAGAAACUAUCCUGUAAAAAAAUGUAUUCUCCAGAAAUAAGACUUCCCCUUUCACCUUCCUUCUUGAAAUCAGUGUCUCUUUCAGUCGGCCCCAAACGGUCAAUUGCAAGCUCUUCCUGACCUGAACAUGACCAAAUGCUUAUUCCAUUUGUAGGUUAAAAACAUUUGCUCCUGUCCUGGCAUAAACAAGUGUGUGGUAUGCCGGUAGGAUGUGUAUGAUGAUAGUAGAGAGGAUGUGUCCUCUCUAACUUGGAAGAUACAUUUUGCCUACAUAUUAAAGGCCCAGUUGUAGAAGCACUACUAGACAGUAGGCUUAAAGGUGCACUCCGGUAGUGAUGCGUGGAAUCAGCUGUUUGUUUAACCUCACCCGCCCUCAAUUGCUAAUAACCCACCUGCAACUGUCUGACUAUGUGAUGAAAUGAAAAUGCAGUGCAAAAUUGACACAUGACAUCAGUUUGACGGAAAUUAAAAGCUGUGAAAAUGACCUAACAUGUUUCUGAUAAAAUUUCAGGUCUGCUAAAUCAUAUUUCUCCACUCCUGUUCCUGAGUCAAAAUGUACGUUGGUAUAUAAUUUUACUGCAAGAACGGCUUAAUUCUGCACGAGUUAAUUACAUUCUUAAAUAUUUUAAACAAUCAUAAUGGUGCCAGAGGAGAUGGCUGCCAUUUUACGGACUUUUAACCAAUUGUGCUGUUUUGUGUGGGGUUUUUUCAUGUUUUUUCAUUUGUAACUUAUUUUGUACAUAAUGUUUUUGCCACCGUCUGUUAUGACCAAAAGGAGCUUCUGGAUAUCAGAACAGCGAUUACUCACUUCGAACUGGACAAAUAUUUUUUCUUUAACGAGUCAGACGCAAAGCAUUUACUCCAGAUACCCGACCAGGCAGAUACAGGGGACGCAGGUCCAAAUUGUGAGAAUUUGUCUGCAAGUGGGUAACCCUUCUCUACCAUCUGUACUAUUGGCCAACGUGCAAUCAUUGAAUAAUACACGAGAUGAGCUCCGUUCAAGACAACUACCAACGGGACAUUAAAACUGUAAUAUCUUGUGUUUCACCGAGUCGUGGCUGAACGACGACAUUGAUGAUAUACAGUUGGCUGGUAUUUCCGUGCAUCGGCAAGACAGAACAACCGCCUCUGGUAUAAGACAAGGGUUCUCGGUCUAGUAGUCAAUAACAGCUGGUGCGCAAAAUCAAGUCUGAAGGAAGUCUCAAGGUUUUGCUCGCCUGAGGUAUAAGCUGUAGACCACACUAUUUGGGGCAGCAGGUAGCCUAGUGGUUAGAGAAUUGGGCCAGUAACCAAAAGGUUGCUAGAUCGAAUCCCCGAGCUGACAAGGUAAAAAUCUGUUCUGUCCCUGAACAAGUUAAAUUAUGAGGACUUGAUGUAUUUUGAAAGCUAAAACACUGAGUAUUAUAAUAAAUACCACUUUGAUGAUGUCAUACAAGCAAGUCAAACACCUGUGAGUCCAAAUAUUCACUUCCAUAUUGUAAAACUUGGCAUAUACAGAGUCAAUGUUCAUGAUCACUAUGAUUGACAUACAGUUACAAGAUGACGUGGCAUUAUACCCUGGGUUGUCCUGAACAGAAUGAGUAUUGUUUGUUCUGUGUGAAGAGAAUUUUCAGCGGACCACACAUCUGAAUGAACUCAACUCCAUUCUAUGUGCACCGAAAUGACGAUCUACUUCUCUGAAUUGUCUUGUAAUUGUAUAGUUUAGCUAGUCAUGUUGACAAUAGAACAGGCUUUCAAAUGAAGCCCACCUGACCCAGAUUGCUAUUUAUAAUGGAUCGUAUUUGGAUUGCACAAACAAUUGUGUAAAGGCGGGAAGGCAGGAAUGUGUACCAAAGAAAACAACUGCAAGUGUGCUUGCUCUAGUUCCUCAACGGCACAGCUAGGAGAGCUCAAAAAAGGAAAGUCAACUAUGAAGUGCUAUGAGUCAUAAAAGUGCAUUGAAGUUACCUAGGAAACCGUGCACACUUUGGAGAGGUGUGUGGCCAUUUGGAAACACCAGUUAGACCUCUCACUCAAACCCCUUGUCAUUUAUGGGUCUUAUGUUGCACCUACUCAAAAUGUUUCAAGAAUAUUCUUAUCAUAUGUUACUGAAUGUUUCCAGAGUAUUUUCAGAUUUCCUUAUCAACAAAUGCGCCGAAUAGUUCAGUAUAUGUAACAUGAACAUAAAACCAAGUGUAAUGUUAGGAUUCAGUCGUGUCAGCUGAACUGUUGUGUCCUCACCUUUAGUCUAAUAUUUUUUUCCCCAUCAUCUCCAGAAUGUCCCUUUUAAAUUGCUACCAUUGGUUAUACAUGCAGAAGAAAUAUGGAAAAAGUGUAAGAAACAUAUCAAUUUAGCCCUAUCCAAAUAGGCCAAUUCCCACGAGUGUAAGGGGUUACACUGUUCCUAGGCCUUCAUUGUAAAUAAGAAUAUGUUCUUAACUUACUUGCCAAGUUAAAUAAAGGUUUUAAAAA